AUGCAGGGAACUAAACAUUGUUUUCGAAACAAGAUUUCAGAUGGAAGACUAACGGAGUAUGAAUUAUCUGCUGUUGGAACGUCUGUCAAUAAUACAAGGGAUAGUGGUCAAGAUGAACACGGAUAUCCUGCUAGUGAUAAUAUUGAUUCAGAACAAGUAUCAUUUGAAGAAACGGCCGGUAUUGUAUCAAACAAAGAUGAUAAGAGAAUAUUUAUGACGUGGGUUUUACCGUCUAAAGAAUUUAGACUAUGGCUGACAACAUGGAAAUUUUCGCUGAAUCCUGGACAGUUCACAAUCAAAGAACAUGCACUUAUCUUCAUAAUGGCAGAAGUAUCUUCUUUAACAAUUCCUACAGCGGACACAAUUCUUCGGGCUGGAACUCCGCCAGGUUUUGGCUUAGCACUAUUUUUCGUUAUUUCAGCACAAUUAAUAGGAUAUAGCAUAGCUGACCGGAUCUCUGGAAAACCCAUAAAAAAUAUUUUUGCAUUUCGAGAACCUCACUAUUCGAAAGAUUAUAUUCGAAAACCUAUAAAAAAUGCUAUCGAAUGGUCCAGAAUUACAACAAAAGCUUCAUUAAUUGGAGAAUUAAAACAUGCAGUGAAAGAAAUUCCAAAAACAACAUGUUCUUAUAUAGCUCUGUUUGUACAUACAAUAAUUUAUUACGGUUCGAAUAUUGUUAAACAAUUUAAAACAUCACUGCAUCAACGACCAAACGAUGUUCAUUGUGUAUUAAUGUCAAAAUAUUCAAAGGUCCCAGAAUGGUGGUAUUUUGUCGUGUUUUGUCUUUCAUUCAUAGUGGCCGCUGUUACUUGUCAACAAGGUGACUUGAUGCCUUGGUAUUAUCUUUUUCUUGCUAUAGCAAUAGCAUUUGGUUGGUUAUUGCCUAUUGGAAUCGUCGAAGCUAUAGCCAAUGUGAAUUUAUUUAGUCUAACUGCUGUUAUGCUUGUUGGUGCUAUUUUGUUCCAUAAAAAUGGUCUUGCUAAUUUAACAUUUCAAGCGUUUGCCUCGACUACAAUUUCUCAAGCAUUGAUAUUAUUAUUUUCUUUUAAGUUUGGUCAUUAUAUGAAAAUACCAUCGCGCACAAUAUUUAUUACGCAACUCAUGAUAACAAUUCUCAAUGCCAUUAUUAAGUAUAGUAUAACAUAUCAUUUAUUAAAUACUGUUCCUGAUAUUUGUAGUACUCAGAACUGGACAUGUCCAAAUUCACCAACAACACCGAUAUUAUUUGCAAACUUAGGUAAGUUGCCAUAG